AUGAGUUUGAAUAAAACGAGGGAUGAAUCAUCUUUGGUUGUGAAUGGUGACGUUGGUGACGUUGGUGAGCAGGACAAAAAAGUUGGUAAUUGUCUUUAUCUAGAGUUGUUGGGGUAUCAACCCCCUUUGCAAAUUAUUUCUAAUGAUUUGUUUGUUUAUGGGAUGUUUCAGCUGGAAUUUAUACCACAACUUAUAGAACCACACUUUGAUACUAAUACCCUGUAUCUGUAUGAUGUGAAUUCGGCCUAUGAUUUUGCGCCUAUGGCAAAUUCCCUGCUGAAUAUGUAUUUGCAGUUGCCAGAAGAAGUUGUUGUUUCAAAACAAUUUAACUUGGACCAGGCUCAAGAACCAUCCUCCUCCUCCUCCUCCUCCUCCUCCUCCUCAACAUCAACAUCAACAUCAACAUCAAAACCUCUAUCAUCAGACAAUUUUAUUAAUCCGCAGUGGUCACAACCGUUACUGUUCACAAAACUGACCAAAUUACAACGGCCAAGACGUGCGUGCCAAGCAUGUCAAACACGAAAACUCAAGUGUGACAGAAGCAAGCCAUUGUGUCUGCAAUGUAAGUCGAAUGGCACUAAAUGUGUAUAUAAGUUGUUUGCACAAUUUAAGGAGGAUGUCGAGUCUCAGGGAAAGAGAUUUGGCAGAGAGGGCAUCAAUUCAAUAAAUAAGAUAACCACGGAUGAAUUUGUACUAAGGAGUAAACAUUCACAUUACCAACCAAUACGACAUCAAGGAAAUUUACAAUUUGUCAAUGUUUUCAAUGAUGAUAUAACUAAAACGCUACAUAAGCCUAUUUUAUUUCCUGCUCUACAGACUUCAAUCAUACCCUCGGACGUUUUAUCUCUGAGCCAUCAAGAUUCAAGCAUGCUUGAUUUUGCAAUAAAAUAUUAUGUCGAAUUCAUAUCGCCUAUUUUAAACCCAUGCGGAUACGAUACUAUACAAUAUAAACGAAUCCCAUCAAAUAAAGGGAAAGAGGUAAAACAUAUGACAAUUGAGCGAGGGUUGGAUUUGGGACUCUUGGUGAAAUUAUCCCAAAGUAACCACUGCUUAUUCUAUCUAAUGCUCGCAUUAGGUUCAUUCUAUUUAUCCAAAAACGUAGAUACUGAUCAGGAUCAAAUGUGGGAAGAGCGAGCUUUUGAGUUUCAUAGAAUGGGGUUGGUCAAACUUAAUCCAAUUUUGAUUAGUCUAUCAAAAAAUGAGACAUUGAAUGAUGAAAUUUCCAUUGUCGAUACUUUAGUUGCACUAACACUUCUCAUAUUGUUUGAAAUGGUCAACAAUUGCAAUCCUCGAUGGAUCGUAUAUCUCAGAUUAACCAAAAGAGUACUCACAUUAGUGGAUUUCAAAAUUCCUACAGAUGUGGAUAUUGAUAACAAUAAACCUGAUCAAGAGACAAAUCAGAUUAGUCUUGUUAGCUGGAUGGGAUGCGAUCGUGGCUUAAUUCAAGUUAUAUCUGAUAUUACUGAUUUAUCAUUUGAAAGGUUCAAAAAAACAGUCACCGAAAAGGAAUACCUUCAAAAAUGCAACCAAUUGAAACAAAUGUUGGAAGAAAUGAAUAUCCAUAUGAUGGAUUUUUAUUUUUCUUCAUCGAAUGGAGAGCCUCAUUCAGUAUCUGAUCAGUUUAUGGGAUUUGAAGAAGAAGAAUUUUAUUUGCUACUAUCAUAUGAAAUUAAGAGAAUCACCACUGAAUUAUAUUUGAACUGUUGCUUACUCAACAUGGGUCCCGAAGAUGAGCUGGUUGGUAAACUAGUGAGAGAAAUCUUCAAGCUAUUGGAAAUUGUUAUUUUGCAACAUGAUUACAAAUGGUAUUCAACAUUAAUUUGGUGCAUAUUUGUAGCAGCUUCGGAGAUUUCCGUCUUGAGCCCGAGUUGUGACGAAAUGAGGUUUUCCACAUUGAAACUACUAGCAAAACUUGAAACUAAUACACUUGGUAAUAUCAAAAGAACAAGAGAAAUUAUAUUGGGGGUAUGGAAGAAACGAGAUUUGGAUAAUAGUGAUUUACAUAGCAUGGGAAUGAUCAAUAUCCACCAUAGGAAGUUCAGAAAAAGGAAAAAGUUAUUGGGAUUUGAAAAUGAUUGGGAAAAGUAUAUUGUUGACAAAGGUCAUGGCAUAGCAUUAGCGUGA